GUGCAGAUUACCAACGAGGCUUCGAGAGCGGCUAUGCUGCUGGCAAGCAGGAGGUGAUGAAGAUGAGGCAGCCGGGUGCAAAUACCUGGAGCAACUACGCUUUUCAGCUCAUCACUGACGUCGUGAUUCUGAUCAUCGUCCUCAUUGGAUUUGGUCGCCUAGAGCGGUGCUUCUACCGGACCGCGAAGGCUCCAGAGGCCCCUCCUGCCGCCGAAGAAGGAACCAGCCAGCCUCGACCAAAGUUCACUCCGCACGCCCUGACGCGUUCCUACGAAGCUACCAUCCAACACCACGCCCAGGGGUGA